AGCCGGCAUUCCAAGCCGCCCUUCAUUGCGACCACCGGGCGCUGAGAUGAUUCUGGCCUUAUACGAUUGCACAGGCAACGGGAAAUGGGCGGUAAAGAUAGUAUGCGAAGCUGACAGUCAAAGGUCUGGUGGCUCGUCUUGACGCCCUGCUCAGCCGGCUCAUAUCAGCGUCCGGCGCGAGAAGCAAAUCUGUCAAGAUUUCUUCCGACUUGACAGUCCAACACCGAACAGUCUGUGCGUCUCUCUAUUCAGCCUGGUCCCCGUGCCCCGUUAUCGCUGCUCUUUAGCCAUUAUGUUUGCUAUGAUUUUUCUACAGGUGGUUCAUGCAGGCGGCGUAUAUAAGGGCGGGCUGAAAGCCCAUAAGAGACCAGCGCAGUGUUACCUCAACGCAGCCUACAGCUUUUCUGUACAGAACACAGUCAACAUGUCUUCGCACGCUCAGCAGGAUCCGUCUAUCGCGCCGUCCGAGGCAGCAGAUGUCAUUGCCGACACGGACGUUGUCUUCGGGCGCACUGUCGUCCCCGUCCCGCUGCACAACAAGCCUAUGAAGAAAGACAUGCUCGGGUUUGAGUACGCCGAGCACAGCUACAUCGGCGACACUAUCAACCUCACGCUUGCCAACGGCACGAAGGUUCCGGCCAUCGACCAGAAGUACACGCUCAAGAACGGUCUCGUCGUCACCUACGGCCAGAUCAACGGCCUCGCAGGCGAUUUCUACGGCACCACAGACCCCAUUAGCGAUGGCAAGGAUGCGCAGGACCAGUCGAAGCGUUUCCUCGCGGCGUUCAGCACCCUCGCCGAUCCGAGCUCUCGCCAGCCCCAGGAAGCUCGCGACAUCCUCGCCGUCCUACAAACCGAGGUCGACGCUGUCAACGAUGCGCUGCACCGCCACGAGGACCCGUCGGUUGCGUACAACCAGCUCCCGGACGUCAGCGUGAAGCUGCAGUGGCUUACGCAGUUCCGCCCUUCCGGGUUUCCGAGCUAUCUGGGGCUGGCGCGCAUCAACUGGGAUCACUUCGGCCCCGACGCGCGCACGGCGUACAACGCAGGGCAUGCCCUGGCGCUGCAGACCGCGGCUAACGGUGAUCUGGACGGGGCGUACACGCUGAACGCCUUUGCCGACCACUUCCUGGAAGAUUCGUUCUCGUCCGGCCACCUGCGUACUCCCCGUAGGGGCUUGCACAGGUCGCUCGACCUUACGUCCGAUGCUUGUGCUAAGUUUAUGCACGACGAGGACUGCGCCAUUGGCUUGUCGGUCAGGAACCCCGGUGGGGAAUGGUGGACCUGCUACGGCGACAAGCGCGCACUUGACGAGGUCGCUGCCGACAACCUCAAGCGCUGCGUCGCCGCCGUGCAGGCCUCCGCAGACGAGAUUUACGCCGCCUACACGAACAAGGCCAUCCCUUCGCCUAACAACUACAAAGCGUGGACCAUCGCCCCGACCCUCGAGUCUGCGCUCGGCACGCAAGACCUUGCACCGCUCUUCAAGUACAAAGAUGCCUCCCAGACGGACGUCGAGCGUCGCAAGGUCAUCGAGAACCGCCGCAUGCGCGAGCUCACCAUGAGCUGGUGGUUCUGGUCCACGGCGGCCGAGUGCAAGACGAGCGGGUGGUGGAAGUACCCCAUCACAAUCGACGGCCCACCCAAGAUCGUCCCGUACACCAACUUCGCGGUGACGACCCCGCGCAUCUGGAGCGCGCGCGUGUACUAUCAGAAUCCCCCGGGCGGCGUACUGGAGAGCGUGCACAUCGACGGGCAGUGGACCGGCGGCAUCGACCAGCCGAGUCUUUGGGACGCCGCGCCCUUCACGCCUCUCGCGGCCAUUAACUGGGACCGCGGAAAUCAGGUUCGCGUAUAUUACCUCAACACCGACAACAAGCUGCAGGAGUACUGCUACGAGCACGGCAACUGGUCUCCGGGCAGCCUGAACGGCAUGGACAUCCAGGCUGCCUUCAAUACCUCCAUCGCCGCGUUCCAGUACGAGAAUGAUACCGGUUUGCACAUUCGCGUGUAUUGCCAAGAGGAUGGCUCGAACGAGAUCCAGGAAUUCUGCUGCGAUGAACGCUGGCUCAGAGGCGCCACACUGCCUUCGGCUCUCAGCGGGACCAGCAUCGCGGCUAUCCCCUUCGAAUUCAACGGCCUCCAAUUCCGCGUCUACUAUCAAACCGACGACCUCUACAUCCGCGAGCAGGUCCUGAACAACGACGGGUGGUCUUCGGGUGAUUUCGUGGGUGGCCCAGCGCCCGGCCGAACCCAGAUUGGCGCGCUCUUCGGUAGCUGGCGCGGCGUUGUACUGGACGUCUACUGGAUGAACAUGGAUUCCGAGAUCACCCGCGCUACCAACAUCGAUGGUUGGUGGAACAACAGCACUGUCGUCGGCCCUCUUGAACGGGGCGCGAAGUUCGCUCCUGCCCAGUGGGACGGGGGCCGCUACGUUCGGGUGUACUAUCAGUCCGCCGACAACUCGGUGCUCGAGAUCUGCAACGACAACGACGAGGGCUGGUACUCCGGUGAUACUGUGGGAAAGGCUUGAGAUGCUACGAUGUAUCGUAUGGCCGUUGUCCGUGUAUAUAAUAUAUAGUAUAGUCGAUCUUUGUCAUAUAUCACCUUGCUUGCAAGGUCUUUCCCGUGUCUCAUUGACCCCAUCAAAAUUGACCCCAUGUGCGUGGCACGUUACGAAGACAACAUCGGUAAAUGCGCAGACA